UUGCCAAAUGCCAUGCAUGCAACGAAUACAACUAAGGCAGGUGACACCUUUGCCCGCCAAUGUAUGAGCAUAUAAUAUAGCUGCACCGCUAUCAGUUGCCCAUAGAUGCACGCUCUCUCAAUCAAGUCCCAAGCUUUAUCCAUGGCAACCGACUCUUUAUACAGGAACGCCCACGAGGUUCUUCCUCCAUCUCUCAAUUCUACUUCCCCCCGCCCUCCUCUCUCUGAUGGAACUACUAGGUUGUACAUAAGUUACAGAAGCCCCUUCGCCCAGCGUGCCUGGAUUACAAGGAAUUACAAGGGACUACAAGAUCAGAUUGAAUUAGUUGCUAUCGACCUGGAAAAUAAGCCUGUUUGGUAUAGAGAGGUUUAUUCUGAGGAAAAGGUGCCAGCACUGGAACAUAACAGCAAAGUUAUAGUUGAAAGUCUUAAUAUAAUCAAGUACAUUGACAACCACUUUGAAGGGCCUUCUCUUUUCCCUGAUGAUACUGCAAGAAGAGAGUUUGGAGAAGAAAUGAUAUCCUACUCCGAAACAUUUAAUGAGAUGGUGUAUAACUCAUUUAAAGGAGUGACAGUAAGAGAAGCCGAUCCUGCUUUUGAUGUACUAGAAGCUUCUUUUAAGAAAUUUGAUGAUGGACCGUUUCUCCUUGGCCAGUUUAGCAUGGUGGACAUAGCAUAUAUCCCAUUUGUUGAGAGAGCCCACAUAUUCUUACCUGAAGUGUGGCAAUAUGAUAUCAGCAAUGGCAGGCCUAAACUAGCAGCAUGGAUUGAGGACAUGAAUAAGAUUGAUGCAUAUAAGCAAACAAAGAGUGAUCCCAAAGAGAUAAUUACCUAUUACAAGAAGCGCUUCCUAGCCCAACAACAAUGAGCAUCGUAAGUAGGCAGCUGUCCGAGAAUUGAAGUCACCUGAGCUGGUGGUGUAAUGUAAUAUUUGGAAAUAAUGUCAGUGAUAAUGCAAAUACUGACGACCAUCUUAGCUGUGUUAAUUAUAUUACUGAAUUACCAGCUUGUAAGAAAUCUUUUGAAGUUUCUUCGACUUAAAUUCGAAGUGGGCAAUAGGAAAGCAAUCGAUCGGUAAAGCAAGCAAGUCAAAUCGGACCGCCAUAGUUAGUCGUUCAGAAUGAAGCUGAGGAGGUUGGUGGACUAGUUAAUCAUGUAUAUAUAGAAAGGAAGACUCCUCUCUAUGCCUAUGCCUGUGUGUGAAAACGAGUAUGCCAACAAAACAUCUUUCAAAGAUUACCAUACUCACUAAGAGAUUUAAUUGCUUA